AUCAUUAACCUUGCUUGUGCUGUUAUGUUAAGACCACACGCCUCAGAGAAGCCAUGAACAGACCCAAUUUCUAUAUUCUGCUUCUUGCUGGUGUCUUGGUCAACGGGAAAGCCCUCCGAUGGCAAAACGAAUUAGACCUGCCCUUACAGUUUAACUGCCCUUCAAGACAAUCCAUCUCUCACAUAAAAAGUCAGCAUGACAACAACCAUGAAGACCGUGUGUGGGACUUUGAGUGCAAAGACACGUUUGUCUAUGAGCCCGAGUGCCACUGGUCUCCUUACGUAAAUGACUUUGACCAGGAGUUUGCCUUUGAAUGCCCCAGAAACUAUGUCCUCAAUGGGAUGAACAGCUAUCAUUCCAACCCCCAUGAGGACAGAAGGUGGAGGUUCUAUUGCUGUAGAGUCAACAGCUACUGUAACCAGGACUGUCAGUGGACCCCCUACGUCAACUACUUUGAUGAGUUAAUCUCUUGGAAAGUCCCGAGCCUGAACUACCUAGUUGGGGCCGGAAGCUACCAUUCCAAUCCUCAUGAAGACCGUCGCUGGAGAUACCAGUACUGCACACGGACGAAAAACUGCUGAUAUUACGGCUGAUUAUUGCAUUCUUGAGUAAAGAUUGCCUACUGCCUA